AUGAAAUGUCACAGAAGAUACUUUUUUUCCCCCCUCAACCUUGACCAUUUAGUGAAUGUAGCAAUGCGGGGAAUGCCAAUUCAGUCAACAACACUCAACAGCUUGAGUGCAGCCAAAAAUGCCAUUGAUGGUAAACACAGCGGAGUUCUGGACGGAUCUUGUGCUCAGACAGAGAGUGAGACUAACCCCUGGUGGAGAGUUGAUCUUUUGGAAGUGUACAGCAUUACCUCUGUGACCAUCACUAACAGAGCAGACUGCUGCUCUGACAGGAUCAACGGAGCCGAGAUCCGCAUUGGGAACUCCCCAGACAACGAUGGCAACAGCAACCCAAGGUGUUCUGUCAUCUCCUCCAUACCUCCUGGUGGCUCCACCACUUUCAAGUGCCAUGGGAUGGAGGGACGUUAUGUCAGUGUUUUCCUCAGGGGUUAUAAACAGCAGUUGACCUUGUGUGAGGUGGAAGUAAUGGCAAACCCCAUCCCUGUUGAUAAGAGGCCAACUCCCUAUCCAGAAGUUGAUAUAACUAUUCCAGUAACAGAGAAUGUGGCUUUAAAUAAAAAGGCAACUCAGUCAUCUCAGUAUAACUACCUGGGAAACCCUGACAAUGCCAUUGAUGGAAAGCACCACGCCAAGUACAGUGAGAGAUCCUGCAGCCACACAAAGACACAAACCAAUCCCUGGUGGAGGGUAGACUUGCAGAGGGAGUACCCUGUCAUCUCUGUGACCAUCACAAACAUUGAGGAUGACAAUCCUGAAAUGAUAGACGGAGCUGAGAUCCACAUCGGAAACUCCAUGGAGAAUAAUGGCAACAGCAACCCAUUGUGUGCUGUCAUUUCCACAUUUCCAGCUUGGGAAACUCAGACUUUCUAUUGCAAUGGGAUGAAAGGCCGUUACCUCAAUAUCUUCCUGCCAGGGUGCGACAAACAUCUGUCACUGUGUGAGGUGGAGGUGAAUGCAAGAACAGACUCUGACAGCAACAAUAAGGGAAAUCACAAAGGACAAGUACAUUCUCAAUGUCCAGACCCAACAGUCGUCUAUGAGAAUGCAGCCACUGGUGGCACUGCAACACAGUCCUCCCAGUUGGACCAUCUUGGCAAUGCUGGGAAUGCCAUUGACAGAAAUCGUAGCACUGUCUACGCAGAAGGGUCUUGCAGUCACACCAAAGCUGAGAUUGACCCCUGGUGGCGUGUGGACCUGCUCAAAGUACACAAUGUCACCUUUGUGACCAUCACUAACAGAGGAGAUUGUUGCUCAAGCAGAAUUAGUGGUGCUGAGAUUCGUGUUGGCAAUUCCCUCGCAAACCAUGGCAACGGCAACCCGCUGUGUGCUGUGAUCCCCUACAUCCCAGGAGGUCAGAUCAGAACUUUCCAGUGCGGUGGAAUGGAGGGAAGAUAUGUCAAUAUUUUUCUCCCAGGUCGUGAAAAGUACUUGUCCCUGUGUGAGGUGGAGGUGCAUGCGAGCACCUUUCAGCCAGUUGUUUUGUCAGCUGUACCUGAGACUAGUUCCAGCCCUUAUCUAACCUGGCUCUGGACUCCAUGGAGAAAAUCAGUACCUCGCCGAGCCAAUGUUGCCUUGAUGGGCAGGGCCACUCAGUCAUCCCAGCUGAGCCGUCUAACCCAUGCUGAGAACGCCAUUGACGGACGCCUGGAUGCCGAUUAUCUGUCUGGGUCCUGCAUUCACACUAGACUCCAGUCUGACCCCUGGUGGAGGUUGGACCUACUCAGAGUGCACACUGUGAUCUCUGUUACCAUCACUAACAGAGAGGACUGCUGUGCAUGGAGAUUAGAUGGUGCUGAGAUCCUUGUCGGUAACUCUCUGGAGAACCAUGGCAACAGUAAUCCAGUUUGUGCUGUGAUCACCUCUAUUCCUGCCGGGGAGUCUAUAACGUUUCAGUGCCAUGGAAUGGAGGGACGCUAUAUCAACAUAAUCCGUCCUGGCUGCUUCAAAUUCCUCAGUUUAUGUGAGGUGGAAGUGGAUGCGCAGCCUAAGGCUGGAACUCAGUUAUUAGAUCCUGCAGAUGAUGAGGAUAUGCUCUUAGAAAAGCAGUGUCCGGAUGUUAAAGUUCGUGAAAAUGUGGCCACGGGUGGAAUAGCUACUCAGUCCUCCCAGUAUGAUCAUCUAGGUAAUGCAAGCAAUGCAAUCGACAGAAACCGUAAUCCAAUGUACCAUGCUGGAUCCUGCACUCACACAAAUAGUGAGACUAACCCCUGGUGGAGACUCGACUUGCUGGAGGUGUACAGUAUAACCUCUGUAACCAUCACUAACAGAGGAGACUGCUGCUCUGAACGGAUCAGCGGAGCAGAAAUCCGCAUCGGCAACUCCCUGAAAAACCAUGACAACAGCAAUGCACUGUGUGGCGUGAUCUCUGAGAUGAAGGAAGGUGAUACAGUCACUUUACAGUGUGGUGGGAGAAAAGGACGUUACGUUAGCAUUGUUAUUCCAGGGAAAAAGAAAUACUUAACUCUGUGUGAAGUUGAGGUUCAUGGCAUCCCAAGCAAGAACUGA